GUAAACGGAUCUACGCUCCAAACCCAAUAAGAAAAACCCCGCAAUCUUAAACCCUCGUCUUCUUCAUCUCUCCAACGCCGCCUCAAGUUUGUGAGGGGUUAAAAAAAGGGCAUUUUGAACAAAUAAAGCCCUAGAAAUCCCCUUCCCAAUCCCCAAUCGAAGAAGUAAAGCGAUGGGAAUCUUCGAACCCUACCGUGCAAUUGGCUACAUCACCAGCGAAGUCCCCUUCUCCGUUCAGAGAUUGGGCACCGAGACUUUCGUCACCGUCAGCGUCGGCAAAGCUUGGCAAGUUUACAACUGUGCUAAACUGAGUUUGGUGAUGGUUGGGCCUCAACUACCGAAGAAGAUUCGAGCUCUUGCGUCAUAUCGAGAGUAUACUUUUGCUGCAUUUGGGACUGAAGUUGGUGUGUUUAAACGUGCUCAUCAGGUAGCAACAUGGAGUAAACACAAUCACAAGGUUAAUCUUUUGCUCUUACUUGGAGAACAUGUCUUAAGUGUUGAUAUUAGAGGCAAUUUAUUCAUCUGGGCAUUCAAAGAUGUAGAGCAAAAAUUUGAACCAGCUGGGCAUAUCUUGCUGGAGGAGAACUUCUCGCCAAGUUGCAUAAUGCAUCCAGAUACUUAUCUAAACAAGGUCAUUGUUGGCAGCCAAGAAGGUUCAUUCCAACUGUGGAACAUCAGCACGAAGAAGAAACUGUACGAAUUUAAAGGAUGGAACUCCUCUAUUUACUGUUGUGUGUCUUCGCCCGCUCUGGAUGUAGUUGCAGUUGGUUGUGCUGAUGGAACAAUCCAUAUUCACAACGUGCGUUAUGAUGAAGAGAUAGUUUCAUUUACGCAUUCUACACGUGGUGCUGUAACUGCCUUGGCUUUCAGCAGCGAUGGUCAACCUCUCCUAGCUUCUGGGGGUUCAUCAGGUGUGAUAUGCAUAUGGAAUUUGGAGAAGAAGAAGCUCCAGUCGGUUAUUCGAGAAGCACAUGAUAAAUCAAUAGUAUCACUUCAUUUCUUUGCCAAUGAGCCUGUUCUUAUGAGUGCUGCCUCCGAUAAUUCAGUGAAAAUGUGGAUUUUUGAUACAAGUGAUGGAGAAGCUCGUCUUUUACGCUUUCGAAGCGGUCAUAGUGCUCCUCCUUUAUGCAUCAGAUUCUACAGAAAUGGAAGGUGCAUAUUGUCUGCAGGUCAAGAUCGUGCUUUCCGGCUUUUCUCAGUAGUGCAGGACCAACAAAGUAGAGAACUUUCUCAGCGUCAUAUAACGAAAAGAGCCAAGAAACUCAUGAUGAAGGAAGAAGAGAUCAAGUUGAAGCCUGUUAUCACCUUUGAUGUUGCCGAGAUCCGUGAGCGUGAUUGGUGUAACGUUGUGACCUGUCAUAUGGAUACUCCACAAGCUUACGUGUGGCGUCUUCAGAACUUUGUCCUUGGUGAACAUAUUCUCACACCUUCCACCGACAAGCAAACACAUGUUAAGGCUUGCACAAUUAGUGCCUGUGGUAAUUUUGCUAUUCUGGGCACUGAGGGUGGCUGGAUUGAACGGUUCAACCUCCAAUCAGGGAUCAGCCGAGGCAGUUAUGUGGACAUUACUGAAUCACAAAGUUGUGCUCAUGAUGGGGAAGUGGUUGGAAUUGCCUGUGAUGCUACAAACAACAUCCUCAUAAGUGCAGGAUACCAUGGUGACAUUAAGGUCUGGGAUUUUAAAGCCCGUGUAGUAAAAUCUAGAUGGCAUGUUGGUUGUUCUCUCAUCAAGAUUGUUUAUCACCGGACAAAUGGUCUUCUGGCAACUGUUGCAGAUGACAUGGUUCUCCGUUUGUUUGAUGUUGUGGCUGUAAGAAUGGUGCGCAAAUUUGAAGGUCAUACAGAUCGUAUCACUGAUCUGUGUUUUAGUGAGGAUGGGAAAUGGCUUCUUUCUUCCAGUAUGGAUGGAACUCUUAGAAUUUGGGACGUCAUUUUGGCAAGACAGAUAGAUGCUCUCCAAGUUGAUGUCUGUAUAACAGCAGUAUCCCUUUCCCCUGCCAUGGAUAUUUUAGCUACUUCACAUGUUGAUCAAAAUGGUGUCUACCUUUGGGUUAAUCAGACUAUGUUCUCUGGAUCUUCCAAUGUGGAAUCAUAUGCAAGUGGAAACAAAGUACGAGGCACUCAUUUACCAUCUAUUUCUUCAAAAGAAAAAGCUGAAGAGCAAGAUUCAGUGGAUGCCUCAAAGGAUCAGUAUCAAAUAAAAAAGUCUCUCUCUACAGAAAAUUUUGCUCACCAAAUGCCUGAUCUGGUUACCCUUUCCUUGCUUCCAAGGAGCCAAUGGCAAAGUCUAACUAAUUUAGACAUAAUAAAGGUCCGCAACAAGCCAAUGGAACCUCCGAAGAAACCAGAAAAAGCACCUUUCUUCUUGCCCUCCACUCCAUCUCUUUCAGGAGAAAUAUUAUUUAAGCCUAAUGCAGUUGCUAACGGUGAUAAAAAAGAUACCAAGAAUCAGGAACUAAAGCACAGCAACCAGAAAAUGAAUUUAUCGUCUCAGUUUUCUCUUUUACUACACUCCUGUGCAGAAACUGGAGAUUUUUCAGCAUUCACAGACUACAUAAAAGGCCUGUCACCUUCGACACUUGAUGUAGAACUUCGUGUGCUUCAAAUAAUAGAUGAUGAAGAUAUGCAAGCAUUGGACCAGAGGCCAGAACUGCAGACAAUUGGAUUAUUACUCGAUUAUUUCAUUCAUGAGCUUUCAUGCAAGAACAACUUCGAGUUUAUUCAAGCUGUUAUUAAGUUAUUCCUCAAGAUCCAUGGCGAAACAGUCCGAAUGCAUUUGAGCCUACAAGAGAAGGCGAGAAGGCUUUUGGAAGUUCAGAGCUUAGUUUGGAAUAGGGUAGAUAAAAUGUUUCAAAGUGCCAGAUGCAUGGUUACCUUUCUCAGCAAUUCACAAUUCUGAAAGGAACUAAAAAUUUUGCAACGAGCCCACAAACAGACAACGUCGAGCUUUGUACUUGAAUGAAUGAAGAAGUUUGAGAUGGAGGGUGAUUGCUGCAGGGUAUCGUCGGCAGAAGGGUUAUGCUGCUUUGUAUUUGAAUGAAUGAAGAAGUUUGAGAUGGAGGGUGAUUGCUGCAGGGUAUCGUCGGCAGAAGAGUUAUGCUUGUAGUGGCAUCUGUUGUUUAAAUGUAUUUCAUAUAUAGGCAAUUUUGUUCAGUGUAAUCUUACAGAGAAUUAAAUUAUCUCCAGGCAGUCCAUCAGAGGUAUUUGUUUUCUAAUCUUAAAUUGCUCAUUGGUGGUGUCUUCUUAUCUCUGAUGAGUUAACCUAUGUAAUAUCUUAAAUUUUUUUUCCUUCUAAAUUUCUGGUGAAGAGAUGGGUAGAAUUAACCUUGAAA